GAAGAAAGAUGGCAAAAUCAAACAUUACUUCGGUUGUACCUUUAUUUAUUUGUGUUUUAUUGGCCCUCGCCAACUUUGCCCAUUGCAAUCAUAAUCAUAACGAUUUCCAUAUCGAAGGCAAAGUCUAUUGCGACACAUGCCGUGUCAAAUUCGUCACCCGUGUCAGCGAGUUUCUCCAAGGCGCAACCGUUAGAUUGACAUGUAGAUCAAUGAAGGACGGUUCAACCACAUUCACUACCGACGGAAAGACAGACAAAGAUGGUCUUUACAGCCUUUUGGUGCCUGGAAACCACGAUGAUGACAUAUGUGAGGUUAAGCCAUACACGAGCCCAGACGCAGAUUGCAACGAAAUAGUUGUCGAAGAAAAUGCUGCUAAAGUUACAGUAACAAACCAAAGCGGAAUCAAGUCGCCAGUCCGCUACACGAACCCUAUUGGUUUCAUGAGGAAGACGGCUGUAUCUUCUUGUGACCAGGUGCUACUAGAGCUAGGCAUGGUUCCACCCGAAUAA